AAUUUCAAAAAUUUCAAGUUCCCACUAAAACCAAACGUCAAUCCCUUCUCCACCGUCAACUAACAGAACCGUCAAAUUCCUUCUUUUUAAUACACAAACAAGGAAGAAUCAAACCACAGAGCACACACUGCAUCUUCUCCAGUCUCCUCUACAGAAAAAAAACAAUAAUAUAUAUAUAAAAACCCCUAAACUUUCCCUCUCAAAAACUUUUUCCGAGAAAAUGAGAGAAAUCCUUCACAUCCAAGGAGGCCAAUGCGGCAACCAAAUAGGAGCAAAGUUUUGGGAAGUAGUAUGUGCAGAACACGGGAUUGACUCAACCGGUCGGUAUCAUGGUGACUCGGCUCUCCAACUCGAGCGAGUUAAUGUUUACUAUAAUGAAGCCAGCUGUGGAAGGUUUGUCCCUCGUGCUGUUUUAAUGGAUCUUGAACCGGGUACUAUGGAUAGUGUUAGAUCCGGUCCUUAUGGACAGAUUUUUAGACCGGAUAAUUUUGUGUUUGGCCAAUCUGGUGCUGGUAACAACUGGGCUAAAGGGCAUUAUACGGAGGGCGCGGAGUUGAUUGAUUCUGUUCUUGAUGUUGUUAGGAAGGAGGCUGAGAACUGUGACUGCUUGCAAGGAUUUCAGGUAUGCCACUCACUGGGGGGUGGCACAGGGUCUGGAAUGGGAACACUCUUGAUCUCGAAAAUAAGAGAGGAAUACCCAGAUCGAAUGAUGCUAACAUUCUCUGUCUUCCCAUCUCCAAAGGUCUCAGACACUGUCGUUGAGCCUUACAAUGCAACUCUCUCUGUUCACCAGCUUGUUGAGAAUGCUGAUGAGUGUAUGGUUCUUGAUAAUGAGGCUCUUUAUGAUAUCUGCUUCCGUACUCUCAAGCUCACAACUCCCAGCUUUGGGGAUCUGAACCACCUGAUUUCAGCCACCAUGAGUGGUGUUACAUGCUGCCUUCGUUUCCCUGGUCAGCUCAAUUCAGACCUUCGCAAACUUGCUGUGAACCUCAUCCCAUUCCCCCGUCUUCACUUUUUCAUGGUUGGCUUUGCACCUCUCACAUCCCGUGGCUCACAGCAAUACCGUGCCCUAACUGUACCUGAACUCACCCAACAAAUGUGGGAUGCCAAGAAUAUGAUGUGUGCUGCUGAUCCUCGCCAUGGCAGAUAUCUCACAGCCUCUGCGAUGUUUCGUGGCAAAAUGAGCACGAAGGAAGUUGAUGAGCAGAUGAUCAACGUUCAAAACAAGAACUCAUCCUACUUUGUUGAAUGGAUCCCCAACAACGUCAAGUCCACUGUCUGUGACAUUCCUCCUACAGGCUUGACAAUGGCUUCCACUUUCAUUGGCAACUCAACAUCAAUCCAAGAGAUGUUCAGAAGAGUUAGUGAGCAGUUCACUGCCAUGUUCCGCAGGAAGGCUUUCUUGCAUUGGUACACUGGAGAGGGAAUGGAUGAGAUGGAAUUUACAGAGGCUGAGAGCAACAUGAAUGAUUUGGUCUCAGAGUACCAGCAAUACCAGGACGCAACUGCUGAUGAGGAAGGCGAGUAUGAAGAUGAGGAAGCAUACCAGGACGAGGAUUAAAGAUGAGAGAUAUCUGUCUUUCCUUCAUUUGCUUAUGGGAUAUACGGGUGUCUGGUUUACUUCUGCUGUAUGUUUUUUUUUCUGUCAUGUGCUUCGGAGUUAUUUUCAAGCAAUGUUGCGUUGCUUGUUUCUGGGUGUGCGCAUCUUUUAAAUUGGUUUUGUUUUCUCCGCUGCUUACAAAACGCAUUGGGCUUGAAUGGUCUUUCUUUUUCA